GACUGGAACUGUCUAUUAUUUUUUUAAGGCGAUGAUUUUAUCUACGAGUGCUGUUUCAUUUGUUUUUAGCCUAAAUGUUUUUUUGUAAACCGUAUAUAAAGAAGGUAUCGCUUUAAAAUGGACCAUUAGGUUACCUUAAUCAGGCGAUAUUUAAUGGACUGCGAGUCUGUUUCUAUAUAGAACACCCCUGUCGUUGCUGGGAACUACUCCUGGCACUUCCUUGUUCAAAAGUUUUAUUUAGGGGAAGGCUUGGGGGGGAAAGUUGGUCACCGGAUUGGUUAUUACUUCGACGCUGCUGUCAGACAUUAAAGGCAUGGAUCAAAGCUUUUUGGCGUAACUACUGUGGCUGUCCCAGCUUUUCUCAUGGCUCCAGUUGUUAGAGGGUGGCUAACGUUGCACUGAAAGAAAGAGGAAGAUGUCCAUGGCUAACAUUAGCGAAGACAUCAGGGUGAAGUUUCCCCUACAUUCCGCAGUGUGGGAGAAUGACUACAGGAAGCUGGAGCAGCUAUUAACAUCAACGCAGAAUGACAUCGAGGCUGUGGAUCCCAGAGGCCGAACACCUCUGCACCUGGCUGUAUCACUCGGGCACCUGGAGUCAGUGAGAAUCCUGCUGAGACAUGGUGGUCAAGUGACUAAAGAAAAUGCCAAUAAUUGGACAGUGCUGCAGGAAGCAGUCAGCACAGGAGAUCCAGAGAUGGUUCAGUUAGUGCUUCAACGCAGAGACUACCUCAAAGCCUCCACUGCCCUGGGAGGAGUGCCUGAGCUGCUGUCAAAGAUCCGCGUGUCUCCAGACUUCUAUAUGGAGAUGAAAUGGGAAUUCACCAGUUGGAUUCCUCUCGUGUCCCGGGUUUGUCCCAGUGAUGUUUGCCGCAUCUGGAAAAGCGGCGCCUCGCUGCGAGUGGAUGUUACUCUUCUAGGCUUUGAGAACAUGACCUGGAUCAGAGGGCGUAGAAGCUACAUCUUCAGAGGAGAUGAUUCAUUUGCAGAGCUGAUGGAGGUGAACCACGAUGAUGAAGUCGUGGACGUCGAACGCUUCAACAUAUCCCAAGAAAUGGAGGAUGUGACGUUAGAGUCAAUGCAGCCAGCUGAGCAGGAAGUUGCCAAAAGGUUGACAACUCCUAUUGUCAACACCUACUUGGACACAAAGGAUAUUGCUUUUGAGAGGACUAAGUCUGGCAUUUGGGGCUGGAGAGCUGAUAAAACUGAAGUAGUCAAUGGAUUUGAAGCGAAGGUUUUCAGUGUGAACAAUGUAAAUGUGGUAAUCAGGACCCGGACGGAGCAUCUUACAGACGAGGAGAAAGCCAGGAUAAAAAGUGAAAGAAACAUCCUGGAGUCUCUGCUGGGGACUGUGGAGCAGCACAUAAAUGCGCAAGGAGACCUGACUCUCGAAUAUGCAACUGCCAACAAUCCCACUGCGAUCACUCCAGAGGAGUACUUUGAUCCCGACUUUGACCUUGUGAAACGAGACAUCGGCCGUCCUAUUGAACUGAGCAUUCGAACACAGAAAUUCAAAGGAACAUUGUGGAUGAGUGAGGACCAUCCCCUCUCCCUGGUGGAGCAGGUAACCCCCAUUAUCGACCUCAUGGCUCGCACGAGUUCCCAUUUUGCAAGACUACGAGACUUUGUAACCCUGAAAUUCCCUCCUGGAUUUCCUGUUAAAAUAGAGAUUCCCCUGUUUCAUGUGCUUAAUGCCAAGAUUACCUUUGGUAGUGUAAAUAAAUGCAGCACUGAGGAGGAAGCGAACACAUCAGCAGCAGCCACACCAACAUCCACAGGAGACGAUGAAGCAGCAGCACCACCUCCUUUCCAGGUGUGUCCCUCAGUGUUUGAGGUACCUGCGAGUUAUCACCGCCGCGGGGGAAGCCGCCACAUGCCUGUGUCCAAUAACGAUGAGGAGCUCUUACAGUACGCCAUCCAUCAGAGUCUCCUGGAGUCUCGUCAAGGCACAGGCCAGGAGGGGCUCUGGGAUAAUGUUGAUGGGGACUUCGCUGAUGUAAUGCCGAUUAACCAGAGUGACAGGAGUAUCCCAGAGGGGGUGCUGGUGGAUUAUAGAGACACCUCCAGCCCUCCCAGCUCUGCCUCUGCCUCUAGCCCUGAGUCAGACCUGCGUCUAGCAAUGGAGCUUUCUGCAAGAGCUCAAGAGGAAGAAGAGAGAAUGAGGAAACAAGAGGAAGAGGAGCUGGAGAGGAUAUUGCAGCUUUCGCUCACAGAGAAAUAAAAGGAAUAAGAGGGAAAUAUUAA